ACAUACGAGCAGACACCUGUGUUUGAGCUGGCUUCAUCUUUAUAUAAGCGCAGAAGCCGCUCCGUCAAAGCCUACACGAUGUGUUGCGUUGGUUGGCUGCUGAACGAGGAGGAUAUGGCUGAAACGAAGACGGAGAGGGAGGCCGAGUCGCCCAUGAAGAGCAGAGGCCUGUCGAGGUGCCCCAGGAUUAUGGUGGAGAAGAGCCUCAGGGCCGCGGAAGCCGUCGAGCAAGCUCGGGACGACGACAACGGAGUCGUCCGCGUCAAGAUCGUCGUCACCAAGAGGCAGCUGAGGCAGAUGGUGGCGUCGAUGGGCCAAGGCCCGUGCAACGCCGCCGGUCCCCAGGCCGCAACGGCGGUGGCGGCGGCGUCGAACCUGGAGCUGCUGCUGCACGUCCUUCGUCGACGGCAUAUGAAGCGAGCCGAGACGGGGAAGGGGAAGCGGCACGGCGGCGGGCGGUGGCGGCCGGCGCUCAAGAGCAUUCCUGAGGACAUCAUUCAAGACUAAUGGAAAGCCCUUCAUCGUCUUCUUCGUGAGCUUGAUCUAUACAUGUAUAGCUGUUUGAUUUCUGCUGCUUUCUUUAGCUUUACGGCCCAGCGGCGGCCAUUCUGACC